CAACCAUUAGCUGUCAAAAAGUCAAAACAGGAAAAUUCAUUUAGCUUAGCUUUUGCAUAAUUAAUUUAUUGGGAUUUGGAUUAUAUCAGCUACGUUUUGUUUAUUUCAUUUCAAAUAUGAUAAAUAUUUUAUACCAUAAGAUUUUUACAUUGUAGAUAAAUAAUGGAUUCCGAAUUAUCCAAUAUUGAUAUAUGUAGGGUCUGUAGGUCUGAAGGCCUACCAGACAGACCUCUUUUUCAUCCUUGUAUAUGCACUGGAAGUAUCAAAUGGAUCCACCAAGAAUGUUUGACGCAAUGGAUGAAGUAUUCCCAUAAGGAAUAUUGUGAACUAUGUGGUUACCGAUUUUCUUUUACACCUAUAUAUUCUCCAGAUAUGCCAAGACGUCUGCCAUUGAAAGACUUGGUUUCUGGUUUACUUUCAUCUAUUCUUACUACUGUAAAAUAUUGGUUUCAUUAUACUUUGGUAGCAGUUGCUUGGACAGGUAUUGUACCCUUAACAGCCUGCAGAAUAUAUAGAGCUCUAUUCAAAGGAUCAAUAGAUGGAAUACUUUCUCUACCAUUCGACAUGUUGUCAACUGAAAAUCUCACAUCUGAUACAUUCCAAGGUUGUUUUGUUGUUAUCUGUACUCUGUUUGCGUUCGCUGGAUUAGUUUGGUUGAGAGAGCAAAUCAUACAUGGAGGUGGACCAGAAUGGAUGCAAAGAGAAGAUGACGAUGUUAGAGUUCGAUUGGCACCACUGAAUAAUAAUGAGGCUGAACCUUUGGCAUUGGUACCUGAACAAAAUAUAGCAGAACCUGAACCUGUUGCUGUAGCUCCUGAAAAUCCUGAAUUCCCUGAGGAUGCUGAAAUGAAUGCAAAUGAAGAUAACAACUGGAUACCAAUGGAAUGGGAUAGAGCUGCUGAAGAAAUAACUUGGGAGCGACUUCUAGGCCUAGAUGGUUCUUUGAAAUUCAUAGAGCAUGUAUUUUGGGUUAUAUCCCUCAACACAUUGUUCAUUAUAAUUUUUGCUUACUCCCCAUAUCACAUGGGUCUUUGGACCUUGCACAUUUCAAACAUGACUGAAUAUGCUUCUGCUAGUCAUUUUGAAGGCCUUCUUACCACACUCGUCGGAUAUUGUUCUGUUGGAUUUUUAUUCUUGUUCUUUCAUCGUAUUGCCCAUUUCUUAGGGUUUCAGAAGGCCAAGCGUGUGCUAGCAUUGGGAUAUAUAGUCGUGAAGGUCUCAUUAUUAUCUGUUCUGGAGAUAGGAGUACUACCCUUAGUUUGUGGUUGGUGGCUGGAUAUUUGCUCAUUGUCGAUGUUCGAUGCAACUUUAAAAGACCGUGAGAGUAGCUUUUCGGCUGCUCCUGGAACAUCUGUCUUUAUCCACUGGCUAAUCGGAAUGGUAUAUGUCUAUUAUUUCGCCUCUUUUGUUCUCCUAUUAAGAGAAAUCUUAAGACCUGGUGUGUUGUGGUUUCUGAAGAAUUUCAACGACCCUGAUUUUAGUCCUGUUCAAGAGAUGAUUCAUUUACCCAUCUUACAACACAUAAGAAAGCUGCUAAUUUCUGCAGUUAUCUUCGGAAGCGCAGUGUUAUUGAUGUUAUGGUUGCCCAUCAGAAUCAUAAAGUGGUUGCUACCUAAUUUCUUACCAUAUUCCGUUUAUCUCAACAAUGAAACGCAAGUUAAUGAAUUAUCCUUGGAACUCAUGCUACUUCAAGUUAUUCUUCCUGCUCUUCUGGAACAGAGUCACACUAGAAUUUGGCUGAAAGGCUUGGUCAGGAAUUGGUGCAGAGCUGUUUCAUGGAUUUUGGGCAUACAUUCUUAUUUGCUCGGAGAGUCUGAUGGUGUGGUCAACAGAGAUCAAAAUAAUGAACAAAAUAAUCCCAAUCAACAAGAUGGUGGACUUGGCGCUGCUCAUCAGGCUUUGUUCAUGAUGGAACCUCCGACAGGGUUUCAACCUUACACCAAACCGUCAUUCUUCAUGGGUCGUCUGGUCGGACUACUAAUAUCUGUAUGCAUCUCCUUGGUGAUUGCCAGCGUUUUUGCCCUUACAGUGCCUGUUUGGUUAGGCCGUAAAGUAAUGGCGUUAUGGUUAGCUGGUGGACCGACAGUUGUCACCCUCAUUGCGAAGAACACACCUCAGGAACAGUUGAACGAAGUCAAAGUCCACGAACUGUACACAGCUGCCUGCGGUCUCUACGUGGGAUGGCUGACAGCAAGAGCUAUAAGCUUGGUGUUGAGCUGGCUUCCACAAGGACGUGCUGCUAUGAUAGAGAGGCUGAAGCAGUGGUGUGUCUUAGGACUUAAAACUGUAGUGGCAAGUUUCCUGCUACUUUGGGUUAUUCCCUUGCUAUUCGGGCUUCUGUUUGAAUUGGUGGUUAUUGUUCCAUUGAGGGUACCCAUACACCAGACCCCAAUUUUGUUCAUUUGGCAAGAUUGGGCUUUGGGCGUUCUCUACACCAAAAUUGCAUGUGCGGUAACAAUGAUGGGCCCUGAAUGGUUCUUGAGGAACGCCAUAGAGCAAGCUUACCGUGAUGGUAUCCGUCAAAUGCAACUGAGAUUGAUUAUUGAAAAUCUUGCACUUCCAGUAAUAGUUUGUUUUGGGCUUGCUCUUUCGGUCCCUUAUGUAAUAGCUCAUUCUAUAGUGCCACUCUUCGUUAGUUCUUUCCAAUUGCGAAAUUUGAUAGCUAGGAAAAUUUAUCCGUUCCUUCUUCUAAUGAUAUUUUUGCUGGUUUUCAUAUCUUUCCAAAUAAGACAGUUCAAAAACCUUUAUGAACAUAUUAAGAACGACAAAUAUUUAGUUGGACAGAGAUUGGUAAAUUAUAACCAUAGAAAAAAACGAGAUUCAACAACGUAAUUCUUCUACAACAUUCUUAUUGGUGCUGUUGUCGAUUCUAUUGUGUGUGUGUUUAAUAACCUAUAAUCAUUUACAAACUCAAAUAAUGAUUUCUUUUGAGAUAAAGACUAAGAGACUGUCACUCUAAGUUAUUUUCAACUUAGGAUAAAUAAAGUUUUGUUUGAAGAAAUUUAUGAUUUUUUCUUUUUUCAUCGAUUGUUAUUCACUUGGGCAGUAUUGGUAUUUUUUUGAUUUGAUUUUUCAGUCAUCAUUUCAUUUCAUUAUUUGAUAUUGAAUUUCCGAACUUUGGAAUUUAUUGUGAAUAAAAGAAACUGAAAUUUUAAAAUGUAACAUUGUAUGUGUUAAUCAGUUUAUGGAACAGUUGUACAUAUUUAUAUUCUUAUUCUAGGUUUAAAUAAAUUAUUAAGAAGGU